AUGGAUCGUCUUCAUGUUCCAAUCAUGGCAGAUUCUCUUCUCUCCUCUAUCAGCACUUUUCACACAACCAAGAUAAUCGUCACGAAUCCCACCAAGUACUCCUUUAUUGGAUCAAUUCCUAACACCAUGCUUGCAUGUGUGUCUGCAGCAAGUAAUAUCUUGCAACAAUACAGGAAGAUUCCUUCUUCAGGUCCAAGGGAGCUUACACCAGCCAUGGUUCACUCCAUUGACGAGGCUGAAAAGCCAGCAAAAAGGGGAAAGAAGACUGGCACUCAGAAGGAGUCGAAGGUGACUAAACCAACCAAGGGGCAAACCCCUAAGAAGCGAAAGUCUGACAAGGCUGCUCCGUCCCAGCCUCAACCAAAGAAGCAGAAGAAGCCUGCUCGGAGACUCAUACUCCAGUCUUCAAGUGAUUCAGACUCAGACUCUGAUGAUGAGGCUUCGGGUCGUGGUGAUACCCCGCCUCGCUCCCCUACCUCAGAAAUUCCAGUUCGCUCCCAACCUCCUUCUCCUCCACCUGUUACUAUCCUAGUAUCCAUCCCUCCUAUAUUUCCUAUCCCUACAUCUCAACCAUCAACCUCAACUCCCAUCCCUACUCCAAUCUUCACAGACACUACCACUACCACCACUACUCAUUCUACAGCUCCCACUCCACCUGUUACAACCAAACCACCUGUUACAACCGAACCACCAGUAACAACCGAACCUCCUGUCACUACCAAACCCUUAUCACCUACACCUUCUACUGACACCACUCCCGUUCUAGGCGAUGAGGACUUGGAAUUUGAUUCCAAUUAUUUUAGUCCUUACCGUGUACAGAGUGAUGAAGACGAUGAUGAACCGGUCACCAAGCGUCAUCUCAAAGCAGUCAACGACAAACUUGAUCAACUACUUUCCUCUUCUUCAUGUGAAGCCUAUUCUGAUGCUGCUUUAAAGGCUUUGUUGUCCUCUAAAGCCUCCCUCGUUGUUGAGGCUUCAACAAAGGAGUGCAAAGAAGUGAUCGCAAAAGGCGAUAAACUAAUUUAUGAGGCUCACUUAUUUUUGGACUCUUUGCAUGCGGCUGCUCAGAAGAAUUCUCAAACUGUCAAUGCUUCGGUGGAUAACCUUCAGCGUUCUCUUCAAGCUGAACGGUCUAACCUUGAAGUUGCUCGUCAAUCAAUCGAGGCAACCAAUGCCACUCUGCACGACAAUGUCAAUGAUCGAUUGACUCAAUUGGAGGCAGAGUUGGCUGUUGAAAAUCACAUCAUGGAUGAACUCGACAAAAGAACCUCUCCACUGAAGAUGCAGAAUCUCAAACUUCGCACUGCAACAACCAAACUCAAUGACCUGAAGUCUGAGAGGGAGGUUAUCCAAAGCUUUGCUGCUGAUGUUCACUCCAUAUUACUUCACCUUCUCGAAGCCCAUGAUCCCAUCAUUACCAUCACCAUUCGCAGGCACAUUGCUGACAAAUUCAGGCCAGCAUUGGACAUCCUUAGUCGUAAUUGA